AUGAUUCUCUGCACUUGACCUGCAAGAACAGCGUGGGAGCAGACCGGUACCGCGUGUUCCUGCGAGGAGCAGAAUCCAGCCAUAAGAUCCCCCCUGAUUUCAAGCUCAACUUUAGAUCUGUCAUGGCAGGGCCAAUUAAUCAAGCAAGAGCGAAGAUUUCAAAAAUAUUUAAUGGGGAACCACAGUCAUACACACGCUUCAACUUGGCCCAGAACACUGAUGGGGACAACAGUCAUGUGGAGGUAAAGCUCUCUGGUGAUGGUGAAGAGGAGAUGGACGGGACUGAGGCAGGACACCACGGUGCCUCCAACACCUACACCCAGAAGCCACUGCACAACUAUAAGAAAGUGUGUUACAUCGCACUAGCGAUUCUGAUCUUCUUUCUUGCUGGUUACCUUAUUGGCUAUGUGACACAUCGUAAGACGGAUGCAGGCAAACUGCCAGGCUCUGAGGGAGUGUCAUGCACCAGUGUGCAGCCAGACAAGGGUAAGGAUGAAGGAGAGAUUGUGGUCCCUGAGCCCACCCUGGACUGGAGUGACAUUACAAGCAUGCUGCAGCGGCUACUGACCUCUGACGAUUUUGACAAAAAACUAAGCGAAUUUGCUAUGGAUAAGCAUGAGGCAGGCAGUGCUAAUGAUGAGGGUCUGGCCACCAAAAUAUUGAACAUUUUUAAGGGCCUGGAAAUGACCCCAUGGUAUGACGAGCACUAUGUUCAGCUACAAGUUCCGUCCAGUGGCAAUCGAAACAAAGUCUUCUUUGACUCUGAGGCGAUUGGACAACCCACAGGAUACUUGGCCUACAGUGCUACAGGAACUGUUUUGGGCAAAGUAGUGUAUGCUAACUAUGGCCAAAUAGAAGAUCUGAAGUACCUGCAGGAUGUUGGAAUGGACCUUCUCCAGAGUGUUGCUCUCAUAAGAGCAGGGAAAAUCAGCCUAGCAGAAAAGGUUGCCAAUGCUGCUAAGUAUGGCGCGGCCGCAGUUUUGAUCUACCCAGAACACGCAAAUGACUUUGAUGGCAGCACUGAACUCUAUGGACAUGUCCACUUUGGAACAGGUGACCCUUACACUCCAGGGUUCCCUUCUUUUAACCACACCCAGUUCCCUCCUGCCAAAUCCUCAGGUCUGCCUAAAAUACUGGCUCAGACCAUCACUGCAGACAUGGCCCUCAAAAUCCAUACGAAGAUGGGUGGAAAAGCAGCUCCUGACGGCUUUCAAGGAAACCUAAGAGGCAUAAGCAGAUACUUCCUAGGAAGUGACAAUGACCUGGUCAACGUAACCGUUAACAAUGUUCUAACUGACACCAAAAUCACUAAUGUCUUUGGAGUCAUCAAAGGUUUCGUUGAUCCAGAUCGUUAUGUGGUAAUCGGCGCCCAGAGAGACUCUUUUGGCAAGGGAUAUGCCAAGUCCACAGUUGGGACCUGUCUGCUGGUGGAGCUCGCUAGAGCCAUCACACAGAUGAAGAAAGAAGGAUUUGUGCCCAGGAGAAGCAUUGUGUUUGCCAGCUGGAGUGCCGGGGAUUACGGCAAUGUGGGAGCUACUGAGUGGCUGGAGGGUUAUCUGGCCUCACUGGACAAAAAAGCAUUUACCUAUAUCAGCCUGGAUGGUGCAGUUGUGGGUGGCAGUGCAUUUAAGGCAUCAGCGAGUCCGUUGUUGUACAGCCUUCUAAAGGAAACACUGAAUGAGGUAAAGAGUCCAACAGAUAAACAGGCGACCCUGCUCCAAACAUUUGCUCGAAAUGAUUUUAAUAAAGUUCUGGAAGAACCCAUGAAAAUGCAGGAUGGUGCCUACCCUUUCCUGGCUUUCUCAGGAAUUCCCUCCAUCUCCUUCCGCUUUUCAGAUACGACCUCUUCAGACUACAAGUUCUAUGGAACAGAUCUGGACAAUAAAGAAAACCUGGACAUUGCCACUCAGCAGCGACUGCGUGAUUACUGUGUGUCUGCUGCUCAGGUGGCUGGGCAGAUGGCCCUCAGACUGGUACACGACCACAUUUUGAGGCUGGACGUGACCUCAUAUUCUCGCCUCAUCAGGAAGCAUGUGGCCAGUAUCAACGGUCAAGUCAUCCAGCUCACACAUGCUGGCAACUUGAAUUCACCCCUGAAAUCUCAGUGGCUGAUUACAGCUGCGGGCUCAUACGGCCGUGCUGCUUCCUCUUUGUUGAAUGACAUUCAGAAUAGUGAGCUCAAGGACGAUGAGAUGAGUCGCAACAUCAACGAUCGUAUCAUGAGGGUGGAGCACAACUUGCUCUCCCCGUAUGUCUCUCCUAGAGAAGUUCCUUUCCGCCACAUCUUUUUUGGCACUGGUAAUUUCACUGUCUCUGCUCUGAUUGACCACCUUAAGAAUCCGAAGAAGGAGGAUGAUGACCUUCUGCGCAACCAGUUUGCCUUAACCACUUGGACCAUCCAAGGCUGUGCCAAUGACCUGGCUGGAGACGUGUGGGCCUUGGACAACUUGAUUUAAUGAGCAGUGUGUUUCAUUGAAACACACAGGCGGGCCUGACAUUACUGUUUGUUUAAGGUGUCGAUUACUGAGGCAGAGUGAGAAACUGAGUAAAGGGUGCUUUAUCGUUUAAGAAGUCAGAAUCUUUCAAUAGCAUAAUUGCCAGGUGUGGCUUAUAAUAUUACAUAAUAUAAUAUAUGAUUAACCUGGCCCAGUACAAUGAACAGUUCAAGAUGAAUUAUACGAAUAUGAAAAACUUAAUGACAUGAAUUACUGUUACUAAGUCCUGCUGAGCUGCUUAUUACAAUUUUCUAGUUGAAUUCUACUGACAUAACCCAGGUUUAAGCCUCAGCUAGGGGCUGUACUGUAUUAAACAAUGACUGAAUUCACUAAUACUUCAACUGUUAGUAUUAAAGCAGACAACUACACUGAAGCAUAUCAAAUUUAAAUAAUUACAGCAUAAGGUAGUAAUGAUUUGCACGAGAUUUACGUUGUAAUCAGCUUGGUUUAUUCUGGAAAGUCAAAGCUGUCUCGUGCUGUUUCAUCUAAUCAGGUAAUUGGAGAGCAAGUCCUCCUGAAUGCUUCAAGUAGUCAUAGCUGCUAAUACAGUAUUUAACCUGGUUGUAUCCAUUUGCAUUUAUUUCAAACCCCCAAAAAUCAAAGCCCUUGCAGGGGCUCUGCCUUUGCCAUAUGUUUGUAAGUGACUGCCUUACCCGUUCAACGUUAACAGAAUUAUGUUUGUAUCUUAUUUAUUUAUCAGUGACAGUGUUCACUAUAAAUGUGUCUUUCUUUUUAUUAUCGGAAGCAGUGCCUUCCAUAAUUGUGACGGUUAUACUGUCAGUUUAUAAAAGCAGCAUCUGCUAUCAGAAAUACAUGUUACCAACAGCUGUCACCAGAAAUUAAAUCUGGACAUCUUUUCUAAAGAGAAAGUAAUGCAUCUUUGUAAUAAUUAUCACCAUUUAGCAAAAAAAAAGGAAAAUCAGGAAAACUUCAUCGUUCUUAAAUCUAAUUUUUAGAUGCACUGCAUCUGUAGUGUAUUACAGUGGACAGAUUUUCAGCAGACAGUUUCCUUGUACUCUUUGUAUAUUUAUUAAUAAUAAAUAACUAAACAAAAUGGAAAACCUGUUAACUCUAAACACAUGUAACAGAAGUGUAAAUAGGUGUAAAAGAAAGUGCUUAUUGACUUCUAUUGUAAAUGUGUUUUGAGUUGACUGAUUUUUCUGUUUUUUUUUUUUCUAGGUACAUGGAAAUGUUUGGGAUAUUAUUGUUCAUAGUAGGUGUCCAUAUGCUGCAGAUGUGGUAGCUACAAUAUUAGAUUAUAAAACGCUGAUGUAUUUCUUAAAUGCUGAACAGUGCAAAACAAAGCUUAGCAAUUUCCCACAGAUAUUGUGAAUUUUAUCAAAUGUUCAGCAUUGCUCUUUGUACAACUUUUCUAUUUGAUAGAAUCUGAGGAAAAAUAAUCUUUUAAUUGCACCUAAAAUAUCUGGCCAUUUCUGUGACAAAGCGUUUUUUUGGAACAUUUAUAUUUCUAUCCUGAAACAUUAUCGGGAGCAGUGUCUUCCAUAAUGUCAAGUGUGAAGGUAGUUUUUGCCUACCAGCGUGUAUAUAUCGGGGGCAGUGUCCCUCAUAUUUCACUGUAGGGUGGAUUAACUUAUCGGGAACAGUGUUUCCCAUAGUUUUUUUAUUACAUAUUUAUUUUCAUUUUUGAUGUUAAUGUGGCUUUUUCUUGUGUUUCUGUUGAAGUCUGUGUUUAACUCUUAAGACAAAUAUGGUGACUCCCCAGUAGUUCCUUUUCAGCCUUUUCAGGCUGAUGUAAUUGUGUUUACUGUAAAUGUUACCAAAAUAUUCAGCCUGGUGGUUCUGGGCUGAAUUGCCUAAAAGCUGAUUUUUAAGUGGUCGAGUGAGCAUCAUACUGAACACACACUUAUCUCGCUACCAUUAAGGAUGAUCUUAGCACCAUGCUACUGUACAUUUAAAACAUCUACUAUACCAUAAUGUGUAGGAUUAGAGAUUUUACAUCAUAAUGUCUUCCUCUUGUGGUUUCAGUAGCUUUUUCUGAAAAGGUAAACACUGGGGAGCAUGUGAAUAUUGUUGUUUCUGAGUUCCUUGAGAUUGCACAUUUCUUUUUUCUGUUUUUUAUUUGUUUGUUUUUUUAUUUGAUUUCUUGAAAUUGUUGUCUGAACAAAACCUUGCAUUUCCAGUUUUACAUAUGAAAACUGACAGAUCUUUACAUUACAAAAACAUUCACAUUUCAUGAUAAACAGAUCAAUAAUAAUGGACCAGAAUUGAAAUUGUCUUCCUACGUUAGCCAAAAAAUGGAAAAUAAAUUUUGUUAAUGCAAGGUUUUGUUCCAACAGUGAUGAAAUAGCGCUUCUAGAGUCUUCGUUCAGUGUUUGCACUUUAGAGUUUCAUGGCAAAAAUCUGCUAAUGGUUGUGGUGUGCUUGCAGUUAGGUUGACUAUAUGGCUUCCUUUUGGCAUCUGUUACUGUCUCUGGUGGAUUGUAAUGCAUAUUAAUCUCUCUCCUUGUCUUAAGCCACAUUUGUUCAGUUUUGUAGAAAUCUACAUAUUGACAAUGAACCUGAUUGGCUAUUGCAUGCUGUUUCUGGACUCACAAAUUUAGAUGUCUUAAAAAUCUUAUGCAGUACAGUAUUCAGACAUGGAAAUCCAGAGAAUUGAUCUGUAUGCUUUAGUUUCAGAAAGGUGCACAGGGUUUAUUACACUGAGAUUGGACUGGUAAUUCCUCCAUCUAUAAAUGAUUUCAUGUUACUGUGUUUAAUUGAAUUAACAAACAUGUCUUUCAAAACAAAAGUAUACUGUGUUACCACUGAUGGUAAGUUUUGACAUUAGGUUGUCAAAGUCAUGAAUUGGUUUAGUUAAAGUUAUUUUGGAUGGACUGUGUAAAUUGGAAAAUGUUUUCUCUGAUCAAUCUGAGUUGUCUUUUGCUGUGUAAUAAACAUGCUGUAUGCUUACUGUCA